AUGUCCAUCAUCUUGCAGCCCGAAAAGCAGCCUUACAUUGCGCACACCGUACACUUUUACAACAAUGGUGCUUCCCUCCUGGUAUCAUUUCUCGAAAGCGGUGAAAUAUUCUGCUAUUCUAUCAAGCCUUGGGAUUUAAAGUGGCGCAAGAAGGUUCAAGGUAGAAUCGGUAAUACCGCCCUCAAGGGCGAUUUUCUAUUUGUCAGUAAUCUCAAGGAUGGGGUGGAUAAAUACGCCAUUCCUACACUCCAGCGCGUACAAUCUUACAGUCAUGUCAUUCUGCACAAUGUUCCUUUGCAAAUCUCCGUUGCUUGUCAGGCAGGGCUCAUUUUCAUUGGGGGCGAUGAUGGGUUUGCUCAGAUAUUUGAUUAUAGUUCAGGGGCAUAUCGAGGACAGUUGGAACAUGGCAAUCGAGGCAAUCACAUUAUCCCCGUCACAUUGCAUGAAGGGCGCACUGGGUGCACCAUUGUUACUGGCAGUUGCUUCAAUGGGCAUAGUAGCAUGAAGGUCUGGGAGGAGGGCGAAUCGGCUUGGUCGGAGGACGAUGCGACACCUCCUUCACCCUCUGCAGGAACUUCACCAACCAUGCAGCUCGUUCAAUUUGCUAUUAUCUGCGUGCUCAUGAACGUUGUCAUGCAUGCUCUCUAUUCAGGGACAUUGUCAAACCUUUCCCUGUUAUUUCAAGACAGUAUAGUUCGUGUUAUCCGAGCCUUGUAG